AUGCCGCCUACAUCCAAGACUCUUGCGCCGGCCGUCGACUCGAUCGCCUCGACAACACUGAGAAGGAGCAGUCGAAGAUCGAUAUCGACGGCUUCGCAAAUACUGGCAUCCACGUCAGAUGCGGUGGAGCCAACGACGAGUUCAAUAUCGCCUAAACCCAAACGCACUCGCGUCAAGGCAGAGCCGGUUGACGACACGGCCUCUGCUUUGGACAUCACUUCUCAAGGAUCUCGGGGGAAGCAAAGGGUUAAGACGGAGGCGAUUGGAGAGCCAGUCAAGACCGAGAGCAUCGACUCGUCUAUGCCUGACAUCAAGCCUGCUGCAGCCAAGAAGCGCAGAACCAAAAAGGAGGCGGAGGAAGAAGGCGAGAACUUCCCUCCGCGACCGUCACCCCACCUGAUUCUCCGCGAUGGCAAUCAUCAACGCCCAGAUAGAAGAGGAAGCGGCCUAUUCAUCGGCGCACACAUCAGCUCGGCAGGCGGAGUCGAGAAUGCACCCCUCAACGCGCUCAGGAUCGGCGGCAAUGCAUUCUCGUGUUUCGUCCGACCCAAGAUGCAGUGGGCGUCGAAUCCCAUACCCGACACCUCGAUCGAGGAAUUCAAGCAUCGAGUUGCCCAGCACGGCUUCAUGCCUCCCGCAUCGACGCUCAAGAAGGAGGAUGGGGCACGGAAGGUGGAAGACUGUGGCUACGUUGUGCCACACGGAUGCUACCUGGUCAACCUGGCCAACCCAGACGAGUCGAAGCGGGACAAAUCGUUCGAGGCGUUCAUCGACGACCUGCAGCGGUGUGAGAAGCUCGGUGUGCGGCUGUUCAACUUUCACCCUGGCUCGAUGACCGCUGCGUCUGCCACUGAGGAGCUGGCGCCCGUCGACGGACCACGUGGGGACGUCCGCGCAGCAAAAGCGGACGCGUGCGCCCUCGUCGCUUCCUACAUUAAUAGCGCCCAUGCGCUGACGUCUUCCGUGGUUAUUCUCGUCGAGAAUAUGGCCGGAUCGAAGAACGAUACCAUUCUCGGGUCGUCGCUGUACGAUCUCGCGGCGAUCAUCGCCGGCGUCAAGGACAAAGCACGAGUGGGCGUGUGCAUUGAUACGUGCCACGCGUUCGCCGCAGGCUACGACAUCACCAAUCCAGCCGCGUACGCUGCUUUCACCGAGCUCAUCGACACGACGAUCGGCUGGGAGACCGUCCGCGCGCUCCACCUGAACGACUCCAAGUUCCCCCUCGCCUGCAGACGCGACCGCCACGCCAACAUUGGCAGGGGACACAUUGGCAUCGGUGGGUUCUGGAACGUGGUCAAUGACGAGAGGUGGAACGGCACUCCGCUGAUUUUGGAGACGCCAGCGCUGGGGAAUGCAGUAGCCGCGUACCCGGCCAAGGAGGGGACGAAGAAGAUGCACGAGGUGUGGAGCUACCAGAUUCAGGCGCUGCAUGCGUUGAGGGGGACCAAGUGGGGAGAGUGGAAAGAAGCGGAGGAGUGGCUGACUAAAGCAGAUCGAGUGGUUGAGGAGGCGGAAAAGCUGCACGCUACGAAGAAGAAGAGUGGUGAUAAGAAGUCGAUUCCGAAGAAGAAAGCGAAGAAGGAGGAGGAGGAGGACAGCGACUUGAGUUCGGACGAUUGA